AUGAAAAAUUUCGAGAAUCGUCGAAUGCUUGAUCAAGCAGUCAUUUCAUCAUCAAAUUCUCUCCAUAAAGUGGAAUCCUAUUCAAAUGUUCCAUUCUUACUUUCGGGAUCGAAUGUUCCUUCCUCUGCUGAAACAAAGGCUAUUUUGGAAAAAUCUCAAAUCAAAGAGUUGCCUGUCGAUACAGUCUUGGUUUUGGGUGCAGGUAAUUUCGGAAUGGCAUUGGCAUAUCAUUUGGCUCAUCAUUUGAAUGAUCGGAUUACUAUUUAUGCAAGGGAUCAACGAGUGGUUGAUUCUAUUAAUCAUGAAAAGGUGAAUCCCAAAUAUUUAUCUCAAAUUAAAUUGCCUGAUAAUAUGACAGCCACUUGUGAGAUUAAUUCUGAAAUUUUGAAACAACACACUGUAUUGUUGUUUUCCAUUCCAACUCAACACAUGAGAUCAGUAUUGAAACAAUUUAAGGAUGUGCUUUUAGAUGCUUUUUCUUCUUCUUUCAAACAUUUGUGCAUCUUUGCUAAUAAGGGUAUUGAAAGUGAUAGUUUGAAACUUCCCUAUGAAAUUAUUGAGGAAGAAAUGGGUUCAGAGUUUGCUGAUCGAUGUGUGUUUUUGAGUGGACCUUCUUUUGCCAUUGAAAUUUGUGAGAAGCAGCCCACGUGUGUCACAGUUGCAUCAAAAAAUAUUGAAUGUGCAUUGUGGGCUCAGCGAGUUUUCCAUAGUCCAUAUUUCAGAGUUUACACCUCUGACGACCCAAUUGGUGUCGAGGUUUGUGGAGCAUUGAAAAACGUUAUUGCAAUUGCUUCCGGAAUUUGUACUGGCAUUGGUUUUCAAAUGAACACACGUGCAGCUCUUCUAACAAGAGGAUUACAUGAAAUCACUCGAAUUGGUCAUGUCAUGGGUGCCAAUCCAUUGACAAUGUCAGGCUUGAGUGGUAUUGGUGAUUUGUUUUUAACGUGUACCUCAGAGAAGUCAAGAAAUUUCACAGUCGGUUUUCGAUUAGGAAAAGGUGAAACUUUGGAAAAUAUUUUGAAUUCGUUGGGAUCUGUUGCAGAGGGUGUUCCUACCACAAAGGCAGCUUAUCAAUUGUGUCAAAAGCUCAAAUUGAGAUGUCCAAUUGUCAAUAUCAUUUAUCAUAUGCUUUAUGAGGGUAAACCUGUCAAACAAGCUGUUAAGGAACUUUUAGAAGAAGAAACUGGAACAGAAUUCUCCUUAUACAAAAAUAAUUUGUAUUAA